AUGCAAGCAUUUAUCUUUUGUGGUCAAGGCCAUAACCUUUGGCCAUUUUCACAAGGUCAUUUAGACGACAAUGUUAGUGGUAAUGGUAUGACAAAGGCAUUGUUACCAGUCGGUAAUAGAUCUAUGUUAGAAUAUGUAUUGGAUUGGUGUGAUCAGGCAAAUUUCAAGGAAAUCAAUGUCGUUGGACAGGCUCAAGAUAUCGACGCAAUUCAAAGAGGAUUACAGAGGUAUUUGGAAUUGAGAAAUGAGCAGUUCCUGCUAGUAUCCAAGUCAUUAUCAGGAUCUCAACAUUUACAUCAUUUACAAAGUCCAAAACCAAUCAAAUUUAUCAAAUCAAAGGCAAGUUCAACAGGUGAAUGUCUGCAAAGGGAAUUAUUGGAAAGAAUUAAUGGAGAUUUUGUAUUACUGCCAUGCGAUUUUGUCACUGAUAUUCCUCCUCAGAUAUUCAUCGAUCAAUACAGAAACAGAGAUUCCAAUAACUUGGCAAUGACUUUUUACUACAAAAAUGUUCUAGAGAGUACUGAUAAGAAACAACAAUCAGGUAAGCAAUUCUUUACACUUUACUCUAGUAAUGAAGACGUGGAUGCUAGACCUGUGCUCUUGGAUGUUUACCCAAUGGAAGCUGUGAAAAAGACCAAAUAUCUGCAAGUUCGUACCCAUUUACUCUGGAAUUAUCCCAACACAACUGUUUCCACUAAAUUGGAAAAUUCAUUCAUCUACUUCUGUUCACAAGAGUUAUGUCAAUUGCUUUCUGAAAGAAAAGCAAAUGAUAGCACUAAAAAGAACUACAAGGACAAUGUAGACGAUGAUGAUGAUGAUGAUCAAGGUGAGAAUUCUAAGGAUCGUGAUGAUGAAGUACUAGAUACGACCAUUAAACCAAGUUAUUUCAGACAGGAGAAUCAAUUGUUGAGAGAUCCUCUAAAUUGUAACAAAUCUUUGGGUAAGGUCUUUAGAGAUCUGGCGAGAAGGUCGUGGCAACAUUCGACUCCGAGAGAAAAUAUAGGUAUGUUCAUUUUACCUGAAGUAGGUUUCUUCGUAAGAGCCAAUAAUUUGCACACUUUCACUGAGGCCAAUAGAUUUAUCUUGAAGAUUAAGGCUCAAACUUUGGCAACCAAUACUCAAACCACAACUGCGUCUGCAUCUGCCAUUGGUGCUGAUGCGGUGGUUGGAUAUAAUUGUACCAUUCUGGAGAAGAGUAACAUCAAAUUGUCAUCUAUUGGCCCUGGUUGUAAAAUCGGUAACCGUUGUCGUAUCGCAGGUUCUAUUCUACUUCCAGAUGUCACCAUUGAGGAUGAAGUGAUAUUGGAAAAUGUAAUCAUUGGUCCUAAUGGUGUUAUUGGCAAGAGGAGUAAAUUAACAAACUGCUAUGUGGAAGGUUAUUACCAUGUGGAUCCUAAGAGUAACUUGAAAGGUGAAACUCUAACUAAACUAGAAUUUGAAUCUGAUGAGAGCAUGAGCAGUAACGCGGCUGAAAGUUCAAGCGGUGAUGAAAGUUUAGAGGAGGAAUACGAUGACGAAUACGAGGAUGAUGGUUUAUUUGAUCAUUAG